UCCCGGCGGAGGCAUGAGGAGCGCGGGGCGGGCGGGGAGCGGCGCGGCAGAGCGCGGGUCGGAGUGGCCCUGAGCGAAGCCUCCGCGCCGCGCUCCCGCAGAGCGACUAUGGCCGGGGGAAGGCGAGGGCUGGUGGCGCCCCAGAACACGUUUCUGGAGAACAUCGUGCGAAGGUCUAACGAUACUAAUUUUGUCUUGGGUAAUGCCCAGAUAGUGGAUUGGCCCAUUGUCUACAGCAAUGAUGGAUUUUGCAAGCUAUCAGGAUAUCACAGAGCAGAAGUUAUGCAAAAAAGCAGCACCUGCAGUUUUAUGUAUGGAGAGCUGACAGACAAAGAUACAAUUGACAAGGUCCGGCAAACAUUUGAGAACUAUGAGAUGAACUCCUUUGAAAUCUUGAUGUACAAGAAGAACAGAACACCUGUCUGGUUCUUUGUGAAAAUUGCUCCAAUUCGAAAUGAGCAGGAUAAAGUGGUUUUAUUUCUUUGCACUUUCAAUGACAUAACGGCUUUCAAGCAGCCCAUUGAGGAUGAUUCAUGUAAAGGUUGGGGAAAGUUUGCUCGCUUGACCCGUGCCCUCACAAGCAGCCGAGGAGUGCUGCAGCAGCUUGCUCCAAGUGUGCAGAAAGGAGAGAACGUUCACAAGCAUUCACGACUUGCUGAGGUACUGCAGCUGGGCUCUGAAAUCCUCCCGCAGUACAAACAAGAGGCACCAAAGACCCCACCACAUAUAAUUUUGCAUUAUUGUGUUUUCAAGACUACCUGGGACUGGAUCAUCUUGAUUUUAACUUUCUACACGGCUAUUUUGGUCCCUUACAAUGUCUCCUUUAAAACCAAACAGAACAAUGUGGCAUGGCUAGUAGUCGACAGCAUUGUAGAUGUAAUUUUUUUGGUAGACAUUGUGCUUAACUUCCAUACCACCUUUGUGGGGCCAGCAGGAGAGGUGAUCUCUGACCCAAAACUGAUUCGCAUGAAUUACUUGAAGACCUGGUUUGUGAUUGAUCUGCUCUCAUGCUUGCCAUAUGAUGUCAUCAAUGCAUUUGAGAAUGUCGAUGAGGGCAUCAGUAGCCUCUUCAGUUCACUUAAAGUGGUCAGGCUACUUCGGCUGGGUCGCGUAGCUCGGAAGCUGGACCACUACAUUGAAUACGGAGCAGCAGUCUUGGUUCUGCUGGUGUGCGUGUUUGGUCUUGCAGCGCACUGGUUGGCCUGCAUUUGGUACAGCAUAGGGGACUAUGAAGUUAUCGAUGAGGAUACAAACACGAUCCGAACUGAGAGCUGGCUCUAUCAGCUGGGGAUGUCAAUAGGAACACCUUACCGCUUUAACACAUCAGGCUUUGGAAAAUGGGAAGGCGGACCGAGCAAAGAUUCGGUCUACAUCUCCUCAUUGUAUUUUACGAUGACCAGCCUCACCAGCGUUGGAUUUGGGAACAUCGCUCCGACUACAGAUGGGGAGAAGAUCUUUGCUGUUGCUAUGAUGAUGAUUGGCUCCCUUCUGUAUGCAACCAUUUUUGGUAACGUGACAACCAUAUUUCAGCAAAUGUAUGCUAAUACAAACAGAUAUCAUGAAAUGCUCAACAGUGUCCGGGACUUUCUAAAGCUCUACCAGGUCCCUAAAGGACUGAGUGAACGUGUGAUGGAUUACAUCGUUUCCACCUGGUCAAUGUCCAGAGGAAUAGAUACUGAAAAGGUUUUGCAGAUAUGCCCUAAGGACAUGAGAGCAGAUAUCUGUGUGCAUCUGAACCGCAAAGUUUUCAAGGAGCACCCAGCCUUCAGGCUGGCGAGUGACGGGUGCCUUCGGGCGCUUGCCAUGGAAUUUCAGACGGUGCACUGCGCCCCGGGAGACCUGAUCUACCACGCCGGCGAGAGCGUCGACAGCCUUUGCUUUGUGGUUUCGGGGUCUUUGGAAGUAAUCCAGGAUGAUGAAGUUGUUGCUAUAUUGGGCAAAGGAGACGUUUUUGGUGAUGUGUUCUGGAAGGAGUCUACCCUUGCCCAGUCCUGUGCUAAUGUAAGGGCUUUGACUUACUGUGAUCUUCAUGUGAUUAAGAGAGAUGCCUUGCAGAAAGUGCUGGAGUUCUAUACAGCCUUUUCACACUCCUUCUCCAGAAAUCUCAUUUUGACCUACAACUUGAGAAAAAGGAUUGUGUUCCGGAAAAUCAGCGAUGUCAAACGUGAAGAGGAGGAGAGAAUGAAGAGGAAGAACGAAGCGCCUCUGAUCUUACCCCCAGACCACCCGGUCCGCCGGCUGUUCCAGAGGUUCAGGCAGCAGAAGGAAGCGCGGCUCGCAGCAGAGAGGGGCAGAGAUCCAGAUGACCUGGACGUGGAGAAGGGCAACAUCUUAGGGGAGCACUCCUCUGUGCGCUCGGUGGUGAAAGCGAGCGUCGUGACUGUACGGGAGAGUCCGGCGACCCCCGUGUCGUACCAGUCCGCUUCGACAUCUGGGGCCUCUGACCAGGCAAAGCUGCAAGCCCCGACGUCGGACUACGCAGGAUGCAAGGUGUCGGGGGACUACCCCCGACGAAAAGGCUGGGCCAAAUUCAAAGAUGCCUGUGGGAAAGGUGAAGACUGGAACAAGGUCUCUAAAGCAGAGUCCAUGGAGACUUUACCAGAGAGAACUAAAGCUUCGGGAGAAGCUACCCUGAAGAAGACAGACUCUUGUGAUAGUGGCAUUACAAAAAGUGACUUGCGCUUGGAUAAUGUUGGGGAGACAAGAAGCCCGCAGGACCGCAGCCCUGUCCUCACCGAGGUCAAGCAUUCCUUUUAUCCCAUCCCAGAACAGACUCUUCAGGCCACCAUGCUAGAAGUGAAACACGAGUUGAAAGAGGACAUCAAGGCUUUAAACACAAAAAUGACCAAUAUAGAAAAACAGCUCGCUGAGAUACUUAGGAUAUUAACCUCAAGAAGAAGCUCCCAGUCACCACAGGAGUUGUUUGAAAUAUCAAGGCCCCAGUCUCCAGAAUCAGAAAAAGACAUGUUUGGAGCUAGCUGAGGUGUUUCUUUUUAAAAACAAACCAACUAACCAACAAAGAAAGAAACAGCCCCCCUAACAUUUUAAAUUUAAUCUUUCUUGAAAACGAGUGAGGGACCAGUUCACUAAGCAUGUUCCCUGUGUCUAAAAAGGUACGGUAACAGGAAUUGCAACCUCAUGUCAAGAUGGCAGCUGACUCUGAAGCCUUUUUGACAGCAAGGGUACAGUUUCUAAAGUUUUUCUUUUCUCCGUUGGUGCCCAUUCCCCCCCGCUUCCCCUCUCUCCCUCGGGAUGUUGGAAUAAGAAUUCUGACAGCAGCAGCGGUCCCCGUGAGCCCCAGGUGACCUCUGAGGUUUUUGGAGCAUGCCUUACGUCGUUAGCUCGGGUUUUACGUAUAUGAAUAAGCACUUGCCAGGGUGCUUAUGUUUCCAGUGUUUGGUCGUGGUUUGGUUUUUUGUUUUUUUUUUUUUUGCUGCUGCUGUCACUGUCUCAGUCACCUGUGCAGCAUGUUAAAUGUCACAGUAUAUUUUCAUAUAUCUGUAAUAAUGCAAAGAGCAGUAGGAGACCUGUAUUUCAUUUCAAUAGAACGUGUGCUGCUCGGUACUGAAGUUAUUUUUGAGUGGUGAAGGAAGGGCUAAAAAGAUGAAAAAAAUUGUUUUUAAUUGCAAACUGACAUACUGCUAAAGCAAUUACAUUUAACAACUUCCUCG